GGGAAAACAAAAAGCGAUUUGUAAAAUCCAAAGCAUCAAAGUGAGAAAAAGAAAGUCUGUCUUUGUUCGUUUCAAUUUAUUCUGUGACUUUACUUCACAGUCAGAUCAGGUGCGCGUUCUCCUAUGUUAGUCUUAAUGUCUUUCUGUGUCUUUUUUGUUUCUGAAGAUCCACCCCCAAACUGUCGCUACGAAGGGUUUCGUUUGCUGAUAAAAAGUCAUCAUCACUGACGUAUAAUUAAGAAUACCAACAAGGUCUGUCUGUGAGCAGCGGGUUGUGUUUCCGCGGAACUUGACAGCCGCUUGUCAGCUGCUGCAAAACGUCUGGCAUCUUACCAAAAUCCGGGAGCGUCUCUUUGACUGUCCGAGUCGAGUUGGCUGCAAACUGCUGCGUUUAUCUCUGCACAGUGACGCCUCAAUAAACGCCGCAGCUGAAACCCUACGGGGGAUUAUCGCUUACAAUGGUCAUUUUGGAUGGACUGUUUAACCACACUCAGCCCUUCGACUAUGACGAAAACUACGAAUAUGAAGAUGAGGAUGCAAGGAAGGCAGUGUGGAUCCCGAUUCUGUUCUCUGUAUUGGUGAUCGUUGGUUUGCUGGGGAAUGGACUUCUCCUGGCAGUCCUGGCUAAGAAGAGGCGACCCUGGAGAAUAUCGGACAGCUUUCUUCUCCAGCUAGGUGUGGUGGACAUCCUGCUGCUGGUGACCCUGCCCUUCUAUGCUGCCCAUGCCACUCAAAGCUGUGGAGUUUGCUCACAGACUGCCCUCAUGGUCUUUGGAGCUUUCUUUAAGAUCAACCUAUAUGUUGGGGCCUUUCUUUUGGUUUGCAUCUGCCUGGAUCACUACCUGUCCUCCAUACAUGCCGGCCAGUGGAGAAGCCACAGAGCCACGUUGGCCACCCUGGCCUCUCUCCUGGGGUGGCUCGUUUCUAUCACCCUUACCGUCCUGGAUGGGAUUUUUCUUGUCAACACUGAGUCAAUGCCAGGAAAAGCCCUCACUGCUCACCCUCGCCCCAAAACUAACGUUGACUGGCAGCUAAUCUCAAGUGCGCUCCACCUUGGAGUCGGCUUCUUGCUCCCUGCGCUUGUCCAAAUCGUGUUCUGUUCCCACAUCAUUAUACGACGCAGAUCCAAUCGCCAGAUCAGGUUAAGGCCUGUUCUGCUCAUCCUAUCUCUGGUGGGAGCUUUCCUACUCUGCUGGAUCCCCUACAACAUCACUCUCUUCAUAGACAUCAUCUGCUACACAACGAAAGACUUUCUCAGAAACGUGUUUGUAGAUCAUAUUAAUUCUUUAAAAACGGCUGUGAAAGUCACCUCGGCUGUAAGCUGCAUCAGUGCCUGCCUCAGGCCUCCUCUAUAUUUUUUGUUUUGUGGAAACUUCCGGAAAGCAGUAUUUGGUGUCAUUAAAUGUGCUAAGGUUGAAGGCAAGAGCUCGCUGUGGGAGCUGGGCGUGGAGGUGCCACAUGACCAGUGUCACUCACAGGAAGAGAUGACGAGUGUAGAACAAGUAAAGCAAGUAAUGAUCAACAAAAAUCCCCCAGAGUGACUCAGACAUCACCUGAAGGACGUCCUGUUCAGAAAGGGGAAGUUUUAAAGCCAAAAGACUGGAAUGUGGAAAGUGGAUGUAUAUAAAG